AUGGAAAAUGCUGAACCGGUCUGGAUAUCGGUACUGAAUGGUGGAAAAUUCAGUCAAUAUGAGGGAAUAGUCAUUUGGACCAGCACGAUAUCGAUUAGAAUCUGCAACACCCAAAGCAUUACAUACAAGUUUCUGGAGUUCAUGGGAAGCAGAAGGGGAAAGGAGGAAGUCAAACAGAAAUCGGAGAUAAUCAUCGAUAUGAACAAAUUUCGCGCAGGUGUUGGUGCAUGCACUGAAGGCACUCAAGUAGCAGUCCCCAUUGACAAUAUGACACAGAAACGAUGUGUAAAAAGUCCGCGCUUGAAUGCUUCAUUUGCGAUGGAGGGAGGAGAAGAAGCGGAAGUGGGGGACAAAAAAGCGAAAGGUGAGAAAGCAUGGGGAGCAGCACUGUCUGAUGGAGCAGCCAUAGGAGAGGAAAGAAGCAAGUUGAGGGGUAACUGGAAUGUUUUAAAAGGCAAGGAAGAUUGGGCCAACUCAGGUUUCAACACACGUGCAAUGGUAAUAGAACAUGAAAGGGAAUGGUUAGGACCGAAGAGGACCUCGGGAAGCAAUGGAAUAUGCAAUAAUAGAGGACCUUUUUGCACGGCAAUUCAGGCUAAGCCCACAAGACCCACUACAGAGUAG